CUAUAUCAUGAAAUAUCUGGAUUCUCACCUAUGUUAGUUGAUCUAUAGUGGGCGAUGGUCAAAGAAGUCUAAUAUAGUCUAUUAACUAUACAUAAAAACCUGUCUAUUUACUUACAACAGUUAUGGGUGUCAUGCCAUAACAUAGUUUUAAUACGACUGACUUUAUAUUUAAUGUGAAUUUAACAUUGAAAGUUAAUGUGAAUAAAACCUUGUAAGUUAGGCUACUUAAAUUUACCAGUGUUGAUUUUCCAGUCUUACAAUAAAGUGUUAAAAUAAAGUGUUGGAUCAACACUGAACAGAAUGGGUCUAACACCAGAAGUGUCAGUUUUCAAAUAAAAGUUGGUGUCAUUUUAUGUAGUUGCAAACGUUAACUCUCUUUCAGAGUUAAUCAAGCCACCUCCGUUAACGUGCAGACUAGACGUCAUUUUGAUCGAAACAGACCACAUGAUGCGGAUGCCAUUUUACUUCAGUGGAAGAGUGGUGAUAAGACCAGGUGGAGGAAAUGUGCUUAAGGAGUAUGAAGAUACAGGGACAAUUAGUGAUGACACGAGGAAAGUGAUGGUGAACAUCUUAGUUGCACACAUGAUGGAGACAGAAGGCGUAAAGUAACGUUGAGUGUUCCCAUUCUUCAGAAGGGUCCCACAUCGACUUACCAAACAGAAGUAUGGUUUGGGAAUUAUCACCUUGUUUCCCUCACUCAGAGAUCCCCAAGGGAGGACUGGAUAUAUGGAAAAAAGUAUGGCAUGGACAAAAUACUUGCCCCAUUGGUUGAUGAUGUGAAAGUACUUGAGCAGAAGGGAAUGACGGUGUCAUUUUCUGAGGAGCCCAUCUUUGGUACUAUUGCGCAAAUUACGGGUGAUAACCUAGGUCUAAAUAGUAUUCUUGGUUAUGUUGAAUCUUUUUCUGCAAAACAUUACUGCAGACUCUGUCUCACUGACAAGGUGUUAGCACAGGAAGUAUUUAGUGAGGAUGAUCCACGGGUGAUAUUGCGUAAUAGAAAUCUAAAUGAAGAGCAUUACAAGUAUCUUGCUGACAACCCCAAUGAAAACUCCUGUUAUUGUGUUAAAAGAAAUUCUAUACUCAAUACCUUGACUUACUUUAAUGUAUCUGAGAACUUUGUGCUGGAUAUUAUGCAUGAUAUCCUGGAGGGAGUUGCACAGUAUGAAGUGAAACUUUUUGAAUAUAUGAGUUCUGGCGAUUCCAUUCCUCAAAGAUUGUAUGCCUUCAACUAUGGCUUUUUGGAAAGAAAUAGCCGCCCAACCAAGGUCAACCUUCAACAAGCAGGAAACAGCAUUGGUCUCAAUGCAAGUCAGACAUUGUGUCUCAUUAAGAACAUCCCUCUCAUAUUUGGAGAUGUAGUCCCAGAGGGAGAUAAGCACUGGCAUUUGAUGUUGCUGCUCUUACAUAUUGUUAAUAUUAUCUUUUCUCCUUGCAUCUCUGAAGGAAUGAUAAUAUUUUUGAAGCAUCUGAUAAAAGAGCAUCAUCAGUUGUUCAAGGAUUUGUAUCCUAGGAAUCUAAUUCCAAAACACCACCUUAUGAUUCACUACCCUGAACGCAUCAGACGAAUUGGCCCAUUGAUUCAUGUAUGGACAAUGAGGUAUAAGGCAAAACACAGGUUUUUUAAGAGAAAUCUAAAAAAUUUCAAAAACCUGACCAAAUCACUUGCAAAAAACACCAGGUAGCCAUUGCCUAUUACUGGGAGUCCUGUACUAUCAAGGGUAUUGAGUCUGGCCCUGUUUCAAAUGAGCUGUUGUCUGACCUUGAAAACUGUAAUUUUAUUUCAGAGCAGCUCCAGAUUGAUAUCUCUAGCGAGGUGAUUGUCACACCGUGGGUAAAGUGUCAUGGUACUGAGUAUCGCAGUGGUCUUGAUGUUUGCUUAGAGUUUGUUCAAAUUUUUAUUGAGGAUGGAAUUAAUUUUUUGGCAUCGUGUAUGGAAUCAGAGUUUGUUGAACACCUUCAUGCUUUCAGUGUUGUUGAACAAGAGCACAGUCUUGUACUCAAAAAAACCUGAGGAAUUGAUGUACUACAAGCCAUUUGAUUUACAAAUGUCCUAUGGCAAUGACAGUCUUUUUUACAUUGUUGUGGACUGUUAUUUGUAAUAAUGUCAUGGCAUUGUGGUUUCUUGCUCUGUGCUGAAAUAAAGUUUUGAAACAGUAACAGAGUGACGUUUUCUUCAUAGUGAAUUUCUAGUUUAUUUUACAGUUUUUUA